AUGGCUGCGUUCGAUGUCGCCACAGCGCGCUCUCGCUUCCCUGCGUUGCAGCAGGAGCAGGUGUUCAUGGACAAUGCGGGAGGAAGCCAGGUCCUCGACACUGUGGUUGACUCUAUCCGCUCAUACCUGCUGAGCACCAACGUCCAGUUGGGAGCCACGUACAAGAUCUCUCAGGCCUCCACGGCGGCCUAUACGGAUGCCUACAAAAUCGCCGCGAGCUUUAUCAACGCCUCACCGGACGAGAUCAGCAUUGGAGUCUCAACCACUCAGCUCCUGCACAAUCUCUCGACUGCACUUCGAUUCCAGGCGGGCGAUGAACUGAUCCUCUCCAAGCUCAACCAUGAAGCAAAUACGGCCGCCUGGGUCCGCAUCGCCGAUCGUCUGGGCCUGACCGUCAAAUGGUGGGCUGCCGCCGACCCCAAGAACCCGAUCUGUGAUCCAGCCGAGUUGAAAAGCCUUCUCUCCGACCGCACCAGGCUGGUGGCCUGUCCACAUGCAUCCAAUAUCACGGGGACCAUCAGUCCGAUCCGAGAGAUUGCGCAUGUCGUGCAUACUUCUCCGCGGGCGCUGCUCUGCGUGGACGGGGUUGCCCUCGCGCCACAUCGACCAGUCGAUGUGCAAGCCCUAGGGGUCGAUUUCUACGCAUUUUCGUGGUAUAAGGUGUACGGCCCACACCUGGCCCAACUGUAUGCGGCCUCGCGCAUCCACGACCAAAUCCAGUCGCUGGGCCACUUCUUCAAGCCCACAGACACGCUAGAAUUGAAACUCAACCUAGCAUCGGCCAACUACGAGCUCACGCAGAGUAUCCCGCGCGUAGUGGAGUAUUUCGGACCAGAUCUCCGCAAAACGUGGGACCAGAUGGCAACACAUGAAGAGCGACUGCAGCAGAUCUUGCUAGAGUUCCUGGCAAGUGAUAACCGCAUCACCGUGAUCGGAGAGCCUUCAGCACACCAAGAGCGGCGCGUGCCUGUCAUUAGCUUUGUCGUGCAGGGGGUUGGUAGCCAGCAGCUUGUUGAGGCAGUCGAGCGACGCUCAGCCUUUGGGUUCCGGAGCGGUCAUAUGUAUAGUCAUCGGCUGCUGGCAGACGUGUGUGGACUACAGGAUGUGGAGGAUGGAGUGGUGCGAGUGAGCUUCCUGCAUUAUAACACAGAGGCGGAAGUGCAGGGGCUUGUAGAGGUGCUUCGGAAAGUACUCACUUCGCUGUAG